GAACGCUGCACAAGAUGUAGUUUGAGUGCGAGUCACAAUGCCCUGCAAUUGAUGACACAUGAAAAUUCCGAAACGCUAAGCGCUGUCAAAGGGCUCAUAGAGAAGUACCUAGAUCAAAACCGUGAGUUCACUGAACUUUGACAGCAAAGUAGCUUUUCUAGCAAUGCUCAGUUUUAUCAUAUUUCCACAGUCUCGGCUUUGGUUUCUUCUCAUUUCUAAGCUAUGAGGAAAGAAUUGUUUUUAAGUGAACGUUUUUACAUUUCGCUACAAAUAUGAGCCACAAUGUGGUAUGAAAUGAGCGUGCAUAUCGUAGGGUUUUUAAUGACAGCAUUUCCUAUAGUUAAACAUAAGGAUAACUAGCUAAACUGACUUCAAAAUAUAAUUUUGUUUUUGAAUGCUGUUUUCCUAGUCACUGGUGUUCUAGCUAUGACAUUAAAGCAACAAACGCUUUAUCUACCAAAAACAAACGUUGCAUUCCCUUCACCAAGUGGCAACUCUGCUUGCAAUAAAAUUAAGUGGAACUCCAAUGAAAAGGUUUUCAGCUGUGUGCAAAGAAGAAACAUAGAAUGCGGGCUACCCGCGCCACAUGUUUUUAACCCAGGUUUUUAUUCUCGGAGAAAACAAUACAGUAAAGCUAAUAUUGAAGAGGAUCUGCACUGUUCUGGUAAUACUAUCAUGUUGGUCAGGGGAAGCAAGAACAACAAGUCUGCUAGCUUAGUGGGAAAAGAAGACUUUAUACCUGGCAUUUAUGGGAACAGCACCUUCUCUCGCCAGAAACCACACUUCUGUAAUUUGGAAUCUGAUUUUUCUGCUGAAAAGAAAUUUCAUUCAUCAGAAGAGAAGAUUGCUAGAGAAGGUGUUCUUACAGGUGCGUUUUAUAAGGACCAUUAUAAUGCUGCAAUGGAACAGCUGGCCGCUCUUAGCUUGUCCAAAAAUACUAGGACAUCACAGCUCAGCCCAAAUAGCUGCAGACAAGCACCAUAUCAUUCCUGGAGCUAUAUACAUAAUCAAGGCAACAAGGCAGUGAGCAGAGACUUCCAUAGACGUUUGGGGGAAAUGCCGUCUAGCUCCAGUGAUGUUCCUAUAAACUUCAUCCACACUAAUAAUCCUCUGGUACAGUCUUUUAUAAAGAGAUGCCACACAGUUUCUUAUCUUGAAACCCAGAAAGCAGCUUUGGAGAACUGCAAUAGAAAUGGAGAUGGGGAUUUUUUAAAAAACGAAGCCAUUGCUUCUGCUGCUUAUCCUGCUACAGAUGGUAGUAGUGAUGACAUGCUUUCUGUAAUCAGAUCGAGUUUGAAAAGAGGAAAUGGCAACGUAGAGGACAAGCCUUCAAUAGAAAAAGAGAUAUCUGAAAAUGAGAAAAGAAAUAAAGAGUUGCUGAAAUAUUUAAAAAACGUGAAUGUUAACCUAAAACCGGAUCCUAUAGAAGUCAAGGAAGACGUUUCCUCUUCAUCUGAGAGUGAUACAUUUUCAUACCCUGAUUUUCUUCCCCCGCCUUACAAUACCUGGGAUUUACAAAAAAUGUCCUCAUCAAAAUUUGAUGAAUGGAAAUCAUCCUUUAAUCCGCCUCUCGAAGAAUCACUUUGCAAGCUAAUUUCCCGUCUGGUGGAAAUGGAGAAGUUGCAACACUUGACGAUAUUAAAAGAAAGGACAAGAGAGACUGUUUCUCCCACUAUGGCUGUUAACAACCGCACCAGUUUUUCAAAAGAUGCACACCAGUUUAAGCAACUGAAGCAAUCCGAUAGUUCAUGUCCUCAGGCAGGUUUUGAUGGAGAUCUUCACCAUUUUGGCUGCUGCAUGCAAGAACUGGACAUGCCAAAAUGCACUUGCCAGCGCUGUCAUAGUAAGUGGAAUUCUGGAGCAUCUUCCCCUGCACGGCCGUCCACAAAGCCCUGCCGAGCAUCGUGCAGUAGGUGCAACAAGUGCGCCAAAGCUCCAGUAAUCUUAGACUCAAGAAAUGUACCCGCACGGAGAGCUCUGUCAUGCUCCGGAAGCUCACAAAAAAUUCGAUCUGCUGUCAAAACAACUUCAGCAAAGUUGCUUUUACCCAGUGCAGCUGUAGCUUACUCCUUACCUGACAGCGAAAGUUCAAAAUGGAAGCAGCCAAGGACAAAACGAAAACCUUGUAGAAAAAAUGGAGCGCUAACGAGUAAACUAAAAUCCAUACCUGUUAUUUCAAAAGAAAAAUGCUCGCCUGCUGACCAGCAAUGAUCUGUUGAACUAAGUCAUCAGGCAUUCAUUAGUAUUCGAGCAAAAGGAAUGAGCAAUGGUGAUUUGGAAAGCUGUAUCCAGUUUUUAAUCUGUGUUAUAUGAAAAUAUCAGAUUUUAUUUUUUCCGGGAGAACAUUUUCAUGUAAGAUUUUCAAAGAAACCGAUAGCAAAAAAGGAUUCCUACCUUUCUAUCAUAUAGUAAUAAUUGUAAUCAUAGUAUUCUUUAUCUUUUUAAAAAAUUAAUGUUAAGAUGGUUUUUUUAUAUAAAAAAGUUUAAAUUGAAUAGGCAAAUAAAGUGCAGUCCUUGUGCUAUUGGUGUGAUUCUAAAGUGUAAAAGAUAAAUGAGGAAUUAAACAUGCAUUGAUAAUUGGCUUCAGAGGAUUACUCUAGUUUUAUAUUGAUAAGCUAAAACCGUAACUUCCAUGCUCAGAGGCAAUAUACUUCUGAUCAGAUACUAAGGGGAAAUCAACAUAAUUUGGUUAUAGCCAUCUGAAGUCAUCCUAAUGCCAUCUGGUUUACUGGUUGGACACAUAAUAUCAUACUAGAUUAAAAGACCUAGGUAUCUGGUCUGGAUUUUUGUGUGUACUUGUAAUAAAUUUGUAUUUGGAAAU